AUACAAAUACCACCUAUUCCCUUUUUCUCCAACCUAUUAAACAGGUGUGCUCAAACCCCCUUCUCCAAAACAGCCCAAACUUUCUUUUCACCCCAUUACCAAUAUACACACACAAAUAUAUAUAAGUAGGCAGAGAAAAAGACAGUGAAAUGGAAAUGGAAGAAGAACUGAGAAAAAGCCUUAGGCUCUUUAUGUAAUUUAAUUUUUUUUUUGUAAAGUUCUUGUUUUUUCUUUCAAGAAUGAAAAAAGAUUGAAUCUUUGGAUGGUGGCUACUUUGUUUUCAUUUUUUGGAUUGAGAUAUAGCUGGGUUUUGAAGGUUGGGUUGAGGAAGAAGUUGAUAGAUGGGGAGAGAUGUGUGAGCAAGGUGUUUGUUUGUGUGUGUGUGUAUUUGCACAGGGUACAUUUGAAUGAUUUAGAGGAUCUGAAGAUUGAGUUUUGAUCUGGGGAACUCUUUUCAGGUAAUAAAUGCCAAAAGCAAGUGCAGUGACUAUGUGGUGAUUAGGAUUUUUGUGAUAAACCCUUCUUGGCAUUAUAAGAGAGCCUGGCAAUGUCAAAAUCAUUGCUAGUUCAAUUAUUGAUCUUGUGGGUUCUUUUCUCUGUUUCGGUCGCGAGCAAUGACUUCUCUGGUUGUAAUUGCGAUGAGGAUGAGGGAUUUUGGACUGUAGAAGGCAUCACGGUAUGCCAAAAAGUGAGUGAUUUCUUGAUUGCUGUGGCAUAUUUUUCCAUCCCUAUUGAACUCCUCUAUUUUAUUAGUUGCUCAAACGUUCCAUUCAAAUGGGUAAUCAUAGAAUUCAUCGCCUUCAUUGUUCUAUGCGGGAUGACACAUUUGCUUAAUGGUUGGACUUAUGGCCCCCAUACGUUUCAACUGAUGCUUGCUUUGACUAUUUUCAAAUUACUCACUGCACUAGUCUCAUUUGCAACUGCCAUAACUUUAAUCACCCUUAUUCCGUUGUUGCUGAAAGUAAAAGUUAGAGAGUUCAUGUUGAUAAAGAAAACUUGGGAUCUUGGACGCGAAGUUGGAAUAAUAAAGCAACAAAAAGAAGCAGGUUGGCAUGUUCGUAUGCUCACCCAAGAAAUACGGAAGUCACUUGAUCGUCACACUAUAUUGUAUACAACGCUAGAUAAGUUGUCUGAGACACUAGAUUUGCAAAAUUGCGUAAUUUGGAUGCCCAAUGAGACUAGAACUGAGAUGAACCUUACACAUGAAUUGAAAGGGGGAAACAUUUCUGGGUUAUAUAAUCUUUCCAUCCCAAUUAGUGAUCUUGAUGUUAGAAAGAUUAAGGAGAAUGAUGGAGUUAAGAUACUUGACCCUCAAUCAGCACUUGCAGUUAGAAGUAGCCGAGGAACUGCUGAGCCAGGAACUGUGGCUGCUAUUAGGAUGCCAAUGUUAAGAGUUUCUGACUUUAAAGGUGGAACCCCUGAAAUAAUACAAGCAUGUUAUGCAAUACUUGUUUUGGUUCUUCCCAGUGGACAACAUAGGUCCUGGGGCGAUCAGGAAAUAGAGAUAUUAAAUGUAGUUGCUGAUCAAGUAGCUGUAGCACUUUCCCAUGCCGCAGUUUUAGAAGAGUCACAACUAGUGAGAGAGAAAUUAGGCGAGCAAAAUCGGGCCUUGCAACAGGCAAAACAAGAUGCUAUGAUGGCUACUCAGGCAAGGAAUGCCUUUCAGACGGUAAUGAGUAAUGGACUGAGAAGACCUAUGCACUCAGUUAUGGGUUUGCUUUCUAUUAUGCAAGAUGAAAACUUGAGCAGCGACCAAAAGACCUUGGUUCAGACAAUGGCUACAACAAGUGAUGUUCUCUCUGUCUUGAUAAAUGAUGUGAUGGAUGCAUCACCGAAGGACAAUGCUAAGUUUCCGUUUGAGAUGAGGUAUUUCAGCCUACAUUCUAUGGUAAAAGAAGCAGGUUGCCUUGCCAAGUGCUUGUGCGCAUACAAAGGUCAUUCGUUUUCUAUUGAAGUUGAAAGGUCACUUCCAGAUUAUGUUAUGGGGGAUGAGAGGAGAGUUUUCCAGGUUAUUUUACAUAUGGUAGGAAAUCUCCUAAAGGGUACCAACAAACAAGGGCGUCUAACCAUAAGGGUAUUCUCAGAGAGGGGAAGCCAGGGAAGAAAUGAUCAACGAUGGGGAACAUGGAGAACAAAUUCGUUCGAUGGGCAGGUUCAUGUAAAAUUUGAGAUUGGUAUCAAGAAUAAUGAUGCAUUGAUGAAUAGUUCUGGUGAGGAAAGAUAUUGGAACAAGAGAAUUGAGGAAGGCUUGAGCUUUGGCAUUUGCAGGAAACUAGUCCAGAUGAUGCAAGGAAAUAUCUGGGUAGUUCCAAAUCCAGUGGGUUUUGAUCAAAGCAUGGCUCUUGUUCUUCAAUUUCAACUCCGGCCAUCGAUUGUAGUAGGCGUUUCAGAAACUGGCGAGACAUCCUCUGAGCUCCAAAACUCAAAUUCUCUAUUUAUUGGGCGGCAGGUGCUGUUAGCUGAUCAUGAUGAUGUAAACCUUGCUGUAACUCGAAAGCUCCUGGAGAAGCUGGGAUGUGUAGUUUCCGUUGUCUCAUCCGGGCAUGAAUGCCUUGCUGCAUUGGGAACCUCCGCAUCACCUUUCCAAGUUAUCUUCGUAGAUCUCCACAUGCAUGACCUCGAUGGAUAUGAUAUUGCAAUGAGAAUCCGGAAGUUUAGAAGUCGAAAUUGGCCGCUCAUCAUCGCCUUGUCCGCAAGUGAUAACGAAGAUGUGUGGGAAAAAUGUUUGCAAGUAGGGAUUAAUGGCCUUGUUCAAAAACCGGUUCUUCUAUCAGGCAUUGCUGAUGAGCUUCGUAGAGUUCUUAUAAAAACAAACAAGGUUGCAUAAUAUCUGAUUAUAGAAAGCAUAGAUGUAUGCAUCUGGAAUAACAUAUAAUGCGAUAUCUUAUUAGUGGAUGUAUAAUUCAAGUUGAUAGAAAAUAUUGUUUUAUUUA